CCCCCCUCACAGGCGUAGGGAGCCUCUCCCCAUCUCCCCGCUCCUGAGUCACUCUCCUAAACGUAGCACACUCCGCGUCAUGGCGCCCCGCCAUGCCCCGCCGCCGCGACACAAUGUGCGCCUCCUUGCAACCCUCGCAGAAUCGCGCUGCCUCGCAGAGACGGCAUGGGAGGAGCAGCGGGGCGGGAAGAAGGCAGUUCGAACAGUGUGCUUCGAGGGCUGAGUUCUGGAGGAGGGCUAGGAGCGGUCGUGAGAGCCUGAGUAUCGGAGUUUGUGGAGAGACGGGGACAGAGGCGAAAAGGCCGUUUUGGGUGGAGUUUGGGAGGGUGCGGGUGCGGGUUUUGUUGAGCUCCGGGGGAGGCAUUGGGUGAAUCAGGGUGUCGAUAGUUGGUUUUGCGAGUUAUGGCUUCAUAUUUGUGUUUUCCGCAGUUUCAGUGUCUGCAUUCGUGUAUUGGUGGUGGUGGUGUCUAGUUUGACGGUUUGAAAGCUUGAAUAGCCAGUGGAUACAUGAGGCGAGGCUGAAGCUACUCUAUCCUGCGCCACAUGCCGAGCUUGGGCCUCCAUCAAGCUUAUUUGUGUCGCCCAAAAAGUCUGAAGAGGGACUGUGAACAGCUGAAGGUUUAUAACUAAAGCAAAAUCUGCUAUAAUUUAUUCCUUUGGCUUAAGAUUAUAGUAACUAGCUAAUUGAAAGUCUGAAAAUAGGCCGAGUCAAUUGGGGACAGUUCACUCCGGUUUCUCCCUCCCUUCCCCUUAUCGCUAGGAUCUCUUAGUGGUUUCAGCACCCGUAUUUCGUAUUCCUUACUUACAGAAAAGAGAGAUCGAGUACCACCGCAAAUAUCCCCUUGCGUGGCACGCUGCCAAUUGAGAUUUGGAUCUCCAUCUUCGUCUUCUCCGAAACAUAUACUCCCCUUACAGAGGACACAGUUUUGUCCAUUCUUUGCGCGGAGAGCAACUGCAAGCGUCCGCAAGGCUGCAUAAGUUGGAGAUCGCGCCACAAUCUCUCAGCGUUCAACUAACUAAUCCGCCGUUUCUUCUGACGUACGACACUGCCAUUGAAAGACCAGGGGGAUGCCAUGCGCAAUGGCGCCAGACAUCACCGGCUCUACGCAAGCCCGCCCGACUACAGCAUCUGGGCUAUUGCCCUUCUUGAGGCGCAAAGCGAAGGCAGUGCCCUGUGAAGAGAUGGCGCAGGAUAGACCACCAACAGCAGCAACGACUACGGCGCCAAAUGCGAUUGUGAGCCCGGAAAACGACACCAGGGGUUUGGGGCUCCAACAGACCAUAUCCAGCAGCGGGACCGAGAGCAGGCCGGGGACAAACAGCGAAGGGGGUGGUUUGAGAGUGACGGCACAACCGCAGGGGGAAGGGAAUGCGCCGAGAGCACCAAGCAUAGCGCUGAGCGACGUCUCGUUAAGAACAGUGGGGAGCCGCUGGAGGAUACGGAGCAAGAACGGGGACAAAGGCAGCGAGAACAAACCAAGGACACCCAGCUCGAAUGGUGAUGUGCCGACACUAAACCCGGGCCCUGAGAGGGAAUUUACACCGCUUACGACGAGCUUGCCGGAUACGCAACUGGAUUUUAUCAAUCAGGUCAGCUUUUCGACUCGGGGCAGCGUGCUUCUGGGAGGGAGGAAGGCGGUUAAUGCCAGGUCGGUUUCCAAGCCGGCCUCAGAAAGGGUGGCUGCUGCGGUUGAGUCACGGAAGGCUGCGACGGAACCAUCGAAUACUGUGGUUGAGCAACUUAAGACUGCACCGGAGCCACUGAGAACAGCGCCAGAACUACCAAAGGCUGUGCCCGAGCCAUCGAAUACAGUGAUCGAUCCACCGAAUACCGUACCGGAGCCAUCCAAUACUAUGGUUGAGCCACAAAAGUCUGUGCUGGAGCCACCAAACCCUGCGCCGGAGCCACCAAGGACCGCGCCAGAACCACUGCGGACUGCACCAAACCUAUCGAAGGUUUCACUAGAGCCACCGAGGACUGCGCUGGAGCCAUCACUACUUGCGGUGCUGCCAGAGGAGAUCGCGAAAGAGAGUUUAAAGGUCAGGUCUAUGUACGAAGAGGACGUGAUAACGGAUUGGAGAGAUGGUAAUCCGAUAAACCAUCCCCUGCCGCUGGCCGAAGAAUACGAGGGACCGAGCAACGAUACUUUCAAGGUGCAGCUACGGCCUAGACCACAGACUGCGAGGGCACCCAGCGCAAAUAGGUACAGUGUUCUAAGACGUGAACAUGAGCUUGCUGGUGGCAUUGAGGAUUGGGAAGAUAUUUGCGGCGAGGACGUUGAUCGAUAUGGAUUCAUCGUUAAGACAUCAGAGACACCAGAACCUCGAGCACCACAACGUGUAUCGACAUCCCUCCAGCUUGCCUCUCAAGCGCCUAGGAAGCAGCGAGGCUUUGGACUACAAUCUCCAGCCAAAAAUACCGCGGCUAAGUCUCUUAGAACACAAAACACCACCGCAUCUCAACGAAGUGUGUCAAGUCCCUUGAGGACACUUGCCAACCGCCUGCCCGGCAACCAAGACAGACGCUGGAUGGAUGAAGCAGGCGACAUGCUGACACUUCCCCACGGCCUCGCUGACAUCACCGAAGUCGACGAAAGAACCACGGCCGCCGAAGCGACCAAGAAGCGCGAAUGGGCGCGCUCAGAGAAGUGGCGCCGGAUGGCCAAACUCGUCAACCCAGGCCCGGACGGCGAAGGCAUGGAAUUCGAGUUUGACGUCGCACAUCCAAAGCUCAUCGACCGAACAUGGAAGGGAAUCCCGGACGUGUGGCGCGCGACAGCCUGGCGCUGUUUCCUCAACGCUAGCGCGAAGAAGGUUGAAGGUAGCCCGACAGAAGCGUCUCUGGUCAAGGCGUUUCAGCGGCUCGUAGGCGAGGGCAGCGCCGACGAUGUGCAGAUAGACAUGGAUGUCCCGCGCACGAUCAACAGUCAUAUCAUGUUUCGGAAGCGGUAUCGUGGCGGGCAGCGCUUGCUAUUUCGCGUACUGCACUGCCUCGCCCUAUAUUUCCCCGACACGGGAUAUGUGCAGGGGAUGGCUAGUCUGGCGGCCACACUGCUGUGCUAUUAUGACGAAGAAAAGACAUUUAUCAUGUGUGUCAGGCUGUGGACGUUGAGGGGACUUGAUAAGCUGUAUGCACAUGGAUUUGCUGGGCUGAUGUCUGCGUUGGAUGAGUUUCAGGUGGAUUGGAUGAGGGGACAUGAUGUAUCCCGCCAACUUGACGAACUGGAUAUCGGCCCCACGGCGUAUGGGACACGCUGGUACCUCACGCUGUUCAACUACUCCAUCCCCUUCGCGUCACAGCUGCGUGUUUGGGACGUUUUCAUGCUGCUUGGCGACUUGGAUCCCUCUGUGCCAGCAACGCGGAAGCGGCCAUUCCAGAACGGUCUGGAUGUGCUGCAUGCGUGCAGCUGUGCGCUGAUUGAUGGGACGCGGGAGAUCCUGCUCGAUUCGGACUUCGAUAAUGCGAUGAAGGUGCUCACGAGCUGGGUGCCGAUCAAGGAUGAAGCGCUGUUCAUGAGAGUCGCGAGGGCCGAGUGGAAGAUACAUCAAAGGAGGAGGAGAGCGCGAUGAGGAUCUGUCGACAUGGAUGGAACUGGAACUGUCCGUCUCUCGAGAUGAAGCAAACUGGUGCCCGACAACCUACUGUAUGGACCAUAUCAACCCUCAAUACCACCACUCUAACCCUCCCAUACCUUCAUUAUCAAUAUACACCACAACCACCUUAAUUACUGAGCUACGACAAUACAACAUAAUAUCUCUCACCAAACCUCCGAUUGACGACGACUCAGAGACUCACAACGAUCUAAUUUAUACCCAAAUCAUACUAAUCCAUCUAGACCUCCUUUCUUUUUCUUUGCUAUUUGUAUACCUGGACUAUUGGGAGCGAGCUGGAAUUCUGCAAGCAGGAUGAUGAAGCUCUUGUGAAAGGAAGGAUGCGCGGACAAAGACAGGGGGGUGGAUAUGCAUAUAUCCAAAUAUCCUAACAGCACAGCGGAAGGCGCGACCUAUUUGGUGGAGGCGCCAGUAUGGAGCUUGUGGAGGAAGGAGCGAAUCCAGUAGGUAGUGUGACUGCAUAGGGAAGUCGCAAUCAAAUAAAACAACUUGCAGUACCCAUGGACGAGAUAUAAUGUCCCUGGCCAUUGCCGCCCUGCCGCGCGUAUAUCACCUGAAUAGCGUCAUCUGUUCCUCAAAAGCAUGUCACGAGUAUAGUGAAGUCAGUCACCUGCUGAGUAAAAAGCCCGAGAAUUGAGUGUGAGUUAGAUGGUAUUGAUGCAUAUAAGUCCAGGCAUCCCAGCCCAUCUG